GCCAUCCAGGGGUUGGUUCAACUACCUAUAAAUACAGACUGUAGUCUAGUCCAUUUUCAUCAGUUGCUCCAACAACAGUAAUCCAAUAACAACAUGGCCAAGUUCGCUACCGCGUUGGUUCUUUUCUCUCUCGCUGCCGUUGCUCUGGCCAAUGGUUACAACAAGCCAAAAAGCUACGAGCACAAACCAUACGUGCCAGCACCUUCUUACAUUCCCGAGAGGAAACAUUACGAUACUCCAUCGUAUGACGUGAAACCUAAAGAGUACCACGCCCCAGCUUACAAUGUGAAGGCAUACACACCACCUCAACCCUCGUACCACAUGAAAGCCAAGGCAUACAACCCUCAACCAUCUUACGUUCAGAAAGAUUACAACCCUCAGCCUUCUUACGGAGUCCCCAGCUACAACAAAGCUCACCAGCCUUCUUAUGGAGUCCCCAGCUACAGUGCACCUAAAUCUUCUUAUGGAGGUUCCAGCUACGACAAACCCAAAAUGCACUACCCAACCUACUAAUUCGUUCGACUGCGACUACCCUCACGACCACGUUAAACAAUUCCGAUGCUUUAUGUUGACAUUUCAGUAUAUCUAUUUAAAAUUGCCUAUUAACAAAAAAAAUUAUUUUAGAUGUUUUUAACAGAUUAAUAAAAUUUAGCAUUACUUACAA